GCCUCCGCCGCGCGGCUCAGCAGCACCGCGGACAGCGCCGGUGCCGCCCGCUCGGUUCUGCCCGGCUCGGUUCGGCUCGGCCCGGCCCCGCCGCCGGCUCCGGUUCCCCCUCGCGGCCCGACCCAGCGCAGCACGGCCCGGCCCGGGGCGCACGGAGCGCCAUGGCCACGGAGGUACACAGCCUGCAGGAGCUGCGGCGCAGCGCAUCCCUGGCCACCAAGGUCUUUGUGCAGCGGGACUACAGCGAUGGGACCACGUGCCAGUUCCAGACUAAGUUCCCCCCAGAGCUGGAGAGCCGGCUUCUGCCCCAGAUUGAGCGUCAGCUAUUUGAGGAGACCAUGAAAACUCUCAAUGGGUUCUAUGCUGAAGCGGAGAAGAUUGGGGGCAGCUCAUACCUGGAGGGGUGCCUGGCCUGUGCCACUGCCUACUUCAUCUUCCUCUGCAUGGAGACACACUACGAGAAGGUCCUGAAGAAGAUCUCCAAGUAUAUCCAGGAGCAGAAUGAGAAGGUCUAUGCACCACGGGGGCUGCUGCUCACUGACCCCCUGGAGCGUGGCAUGAGAGUUAUCGAGAUCUCCAUCUAUGAGGACCGGUGCAGCAGUGGCAGCUCCAGCAGUGGCAGCUCCAGCAGCAGCAGCAGUGGUGGGGGGGGGCGGUGACUGGCAGGGGGAGGUCCCUGCAGGGACGCGUACUGCCGGGACAGCCGCCUCUCUGAGAUCCGCAGGCUGCACUACCAGAGCACCCGCUUCUGAGUCCAGAGUGGGUGGGA